CUCUAAUCUGCAACAUCUGAAACUACAAAAGAUGAGUCUCUCAACAGACUAUGCAUGUGGUAGCCUCCUUAGUCAAAAUAUCUCCUAUUAUUGAAACCCUCACAUUGGAACUUUGUCGGGUCGCGGAAACCAGUGACAGUUCUGAUGAAAAUUCUGAUGAUAGUUCUGAUGACGAAUCCGAAUCUGAUGAGGGAUCAGACUUGGGUUCUGAGCCGGAACAGGAGAUGGAUUCAGUUCUGCAUACUGAUGAGACAUCUGUUGAUUCGCAGGAGCUGUUAGCCAACACCAUGAAACAACUGAAGUAUGUCGAGAUUAGUGGUCUAGAAGGAAGUGAUAUUGAACUGAAGUUUAUAGAAAUCUUGAUAAAGAGCGCCAUGGUCUUGAAGAAAAUGGUCUUGAAUAGCCAUUGUAGAUCCAAAAUUAAGAAGUUCUAUGAGGAGGUAGAAAAUUUCCAAAGCGCCUGUGCGUCUUUGAGAAUCUAUUUCUAUCUCUAAUCCUAGCA